GCAGUCAAGUUCAAUCAUGGGGUUCAAGUGGCUUCGCAAAUUGCUAAAUCCGACCAACUUCUACGCGGCCCAGCGGCCUGUUCUGCGGACCACGUUCAUCACUGGGAUGACUCCGUUUACGGUGUUUACGAACGGGACGGACUCGGUGUUGAAGUGCACGACCUUUGGUUAUCUCAACUCGUGUCUGCACAGUAUUCUGUUCUGUACGUGCUACGUAAUUGCACUGCUCAAGCAGGAAAGUGUCACAGGAUACUUCUUCAACACGGAAAUCAGCUCUCUUGGAGACAUUCUGCAAAUCUGGAUCGGCAUAGUGGCGCUGGUGAUGACCUUCGCGUACAGCAUUUUCCAACGUGAUAAACUGAUUGACGCAUUUCACUCGCUGGCUAAAACUGAUCAACAUUUCAAGGAAAUUGGCGUUGAGACAAACUACCAGAGCACCCUGUACUACAACUAUCUACUAAUAGUGAUGUCAAUUCUAAUUCAAAUCUCGUACUGCACCGUGUGCGUCCUAGUCCUAGCCAGUUCAAACGUCUACCCCUGUAUCACGGCUUGGAUGUCCUUCUUCCUACCGUUCCUAAUGAUGUCGAUGGUCAUCGUCCUGUUUGUCUGUCUGGUCAAUCAAACCCGCCACCGGUUCCACCUGCUGAACAAGGUCCUCAAAUCCCUUCGUGACAUUAGCAACGACAAGCAACUGGCCGCGUACAACGAGAAGCAAGAAUCGGUCAAAGUAGUGCGAAUCCGUCAACCCCUCGGAAUUUCGUCCGUAUUUUCCAACACCAAUCGGUACAUGCCCGACGUAAUAAACCGGGUGGCCAACAUUCAGGACGAGCUGUGCGAUGCCUGUAACUGCGUGGAGGAAUAUUUUAAAGUGCAAAUGUUGGCCAUUGUAACGAUCUCCUUUUUGAUCGCUGUCUUUGAUUCGUACUACAUCCUGGAGACCAUCUUUACCGACGGGCACAACAAUACGCCGUUUAGCAAGCUGCAAUUUGUGAUGUUUUUCCUGUACCAGGGAGCGGUGCACAUGAUUGGGGUUGUGAAGAUCGUGUUUGUCAGCAACAAGGCGGUUAAAGAGAACGAGAAAAUAGCCGUUAACGUGCACAAACUUAUGAAUGUUAACAAGUACGACGAGGACCUAACAAGGCAGCUCGCCCAGCUUUCGCUGCAGCUAACCCACCGAAAAGUGUCAUUUACUGCUCAUGGAUUUUUCAAGCUCGAUUUUACGUUGCUGUUUACGCUUGUUGGUGCAGCUACUACAUAUCUCGUCAUCUUAGUUCAGUUCACGUUGAAUCAGAAUGAAAUGUGCACACAAAUGGUUCCAAACUCCACCGUGAGAUCAAUGCUGAACAAUAGCACAAAUAAUGCUUAAUUCUCUGUAGAAAUUACAGUUAGUUUCAUUACUUUUAAUUAUUGUCAGUGUUAUUUUCAAACUCUGCUUAUUAUUGUUAAAAAUGUUUCAUUACGUGAAGUACACCUCUCAUGUUCCAUUUAAAAUUUGACUUAAAUUUUUU